UCAACUGUUUACAUUAAAAACCUCAACGAAAAGAUCAAAAAAGAAGAAUUGAAGAGGUCCCUGUAUUGUUUAUUCUCUCAAUAUGGGAGGAUUUUGGAUGUUGUCGCUUUGAAGACGCCAAAGCUUCGAGGACAAGCGUGGGUUGUGUUUAGCGAAGUGACAGCGGCAAGUAAUGCAGUGCGGCAAAUGCAAAAUUUUCCCUUUUAUGAUAAGCCUAUGAGAAUACAAUAUGCAAAAACAAAGUCAGACUGUGUUGCUAAAGCAGAUGGAAGCUUUGUUCCAAGAGAGAAAAAGAAGAAGCAAGAAGAAAAGGCUGAACGAAAGAGACGCACUGAAGAAGCACAGCAAUCUGGUAUGGCUAAUGGUGCAGGUGUUGAAAGUAAUGGUGGCCCAGCUGCGUCCUUCAGAAAUGCAGGUUCACAAGAAGCUGUUGCACCAAACAAUAUACUCUUCAUACAGAAUUUGCCCCACGAAACCACUGGCUCUAUGCUUGAAAUGCUCUUCCAGCAAUACCCAGGAUUCAGAGAAGUCCGAAUGAUUGAAGCGAAGCCAGGUAUCGCUUUUGUAGAGUUUGAAGAUGAUGUUCAGUCUUCCAUGGCCAUGCAGGCCCUUCAGGGUUUCAAAAUCACCCCCCAGAAUCCCAUGGCUAUCACUUUUGCCAAGAAAUGAUGAGUUUAUUUUCUGUACUGUUGCUUUUAUUUCUUCCCUAGUUUCAGCAAGGAUAUGUAAUUGUUUUAGAGUUUUUAAACAUUGUAGUUAUGUAGAUGUUGGUUUUCCAAUACAUUUGAUUUUCGAUUUUA